AUGCAAAUGCUGAACGGAUCGAACGAUACAAAUAGUUCUGAUACAGCACCUAAUAAAGAUACCAUGAGUGCCGGGAGUGCCACUUUGGACCGUGAGCUAGCGAGCACGCGCCGCUUGCUGUGGGGGGAUAAUGUGAAGGAAGACGUGUUUCGGCGGUGGGCGCAGGGCUUCCAGUUCAGUCCAGAUGAGCCCAGUGCCUUAGUACAACUAGAAGGUGGUCCAUGCGCAGCCAUUGCGCCAGUUCAAGGCUUUUUGCUCAAAAUACUAUUAUCAGAGACACCUGGACACAGUUUUCAGGAUUUGACAUCAGAAAAGUGCAAUUCUCUGCUUGUUAGGGCUGUGUGUACAAUAUUAAGCCAGUGUCUAGCUCCUAAGUACAAUGUUGCUGUGCACAGGAAGAACGAAUCAGAUGCUGAGACUAGCGGAGGCAAUAACCACAGUGUGGAAGAACAAUCCAGUUCUGUGUAUGAUACCUUAGAACAAUUUCAUCGAAAAAUUGAAGUGCAUUCAUUUCAGACAUUAUCUGAAGUGGAAGCUUUCUAUACAAGGAACAUUAGAAUAUUGAAGGACAAGUAUGGUGUACUACUUCUUUUGUAUAGUGUUAUUCUCAGUAAGGGGGUAGCUGUUGUGGAAGCAGAGCUUGCAGAACUGUCUGACCCACUCAUACAUUCAACAUAUGGCUAUGGCUCACAGGGACUAAUUAACUUAAUGCUCACAGGAAGAGCUGUAGCACAUGUGUGGGACCACGACCAAGUUGUAGGGGGUUUAAGGCUACGUGGGAUUGAAAGACAAAAUGAUAUUGGUUUCCUCACUAUAAUGGAACAUAUGCAGUAUUGCACUGUUGGGUCAUUUUACAAAAAUCCUAAACAUCCUGUGUGGGUGUUGGCCUCUGACACACACUUAACAGUCUUGUUUUCUCUUGAGCGACGAUUAGCUGCACCUGAAACUGUUGGUGAGUCAGCAGAGCGAAUUUUUCGUUCAUUUGAUCCAGAAGGAAAUAACUUUAUUCCAUCAGCAGCUCUCCAAGAUGUACUAUGUGCUGCUGACCUUGUAAGUGAACCUGAAUAUGUAGAGCUAAUGAGACGAAAGUUAGAUUCUGAGAAUUUAGGCAUUAUAUUAUUAAGUGCAUUCAUGGACGAGUUCUUCCCUGGAUGUGAGCGUGGAGCUCCAGAUACAUUUACUCUGCACCACUACAAUGGACUGCUGCGCAGUAAUCCAGGUGCUAGAGUUAUUUUCCGCACAGGUCGUGCCGCGCUAUUGGAAUGUCCUAUGCGUGCAGCCAGCACUGAUGCCAUGUUGACGUGCCUACAGACCAAGUGGCCCAGUAUUGAUGUGGUGUGGGAUGACGGACCAUCACCAUCCCUUAACUAG